UGAAAAUAUUUAUUGUUUUUUCUUAUAUAGCUUAAUGUAACAUGUAUCAAGCUAUGAGGGAAGAACAUCAGAAUCAUAAACCAAAUUUUUAACUUAUUCACAAGAUGAGCUUCUUUUGGUUUCUAUUCUUCUCUGCACAUUUUGCAAUAGCAACUUCUCUUGUGCAACUUGGAGAUAAUGAUUUGAGGCACAAGCUAAGUGGCAUGCACCUAAGUUUGUACCAUGUUACAAGCCUUGAUCCUUCUCUAACAUCAAAUUCAAAAUCACCAAUUUCAUACUCUGACAUAUUCAACAAAGAUCAGGACCGUGUCAGGUACAUUCAAUCGAAACUAGCCAAUAAGGUGGAUGUGAAAAGUUCUGACAGAACUUUGGGACCAAAACUUGUUAGCACACCAUUGAAAUCAGGUUUGUCAAUAGGUUCAGGAAACUACUAUGUCAAAAUUGGAUUUGGAACCCCUCCAAAAUUCUCCAGCAUGAUUGUAGAUACUGGAAGCUCUCUUUCAUGGCUUCAAUGCGAGCCUUGUGCUGUUUCUUGCCACCCACAAGUUGACCCCAUUUUUGAUCCUUCAACAUCAAAGUCCUACAAAACCUUGCCAUGUUCUUCAACUCAGUGUUCUUCUCUUAAGGCUUCAACACUCAAUGAUCCAGGUUGUUCAACUUCCACUAAAACUUGUGUUUACAAAGCAAGCUAUGGUGAUUCAUCUUUCUCAAUUGGUUACCUGAGUCAAGAUUUGUUGACUGUUGCUCCAUCAUACACAAUACCAGGUUUUGUUUUUGGUUGUGGACAAGAUAAUCAAGGCUUGUUUGGAAAGGCUGCUGGUAUAUUAGGCCUAGCCAAUGAUAAACUCUCAUUGAUUGGUCAAUUAUCAAACAAAAAUGGCUAUGGAUUCUCCUAUUGCCUACCCACAUCUUUUUCUUCACCAAAUUCCUCAAAGGAAGGUUUUUUAUCCAUUGGAACCUCAUCAUUCCCACCAUCUUCAUCAUUCAAGUUCACUCCUUUGAUCAAGAAUCCAAAGAUUCACAGCUUGUAUUUCGUCGACUUAUCGGUUAUAACCGUGGCCGGAAAGCCAUUAGGAGUGGCUGCAUCAAGUUACAAGGUUCCUACCAUCAUUGAUUCUGGCACAGUCAUCACAAGAUUGCCUAUGUCAGUUUACACAGCACUUUCAAAUUCUUUUGUGAAGAUCUUGUCCAAGAAGUAUCCACAAGUUCCGGGGUUUUCGAUAUUGGAUACUUGUUUCAAGGGGAGUUUGAAGGAUCUUUCUUCAGCAGUGCCUGAGAUUCAGAUUGUGUUUCAAGGGGGUGCUAACUUACCACUCAAGGCAGAGAAUACCCUUUUGGAGAUUGAGGAUGGAACUACUUGUUUGGCCAUUGCUGGUAGCCCUGAGGAUAACCCUAUUGCUAUUAUAGGGAAUUUUCAGCAGCAGACAUUUACUGUUGCAUAUGAUGUUGCAAAUUCCAAGGUUGGAUUUGCACCUGCUGGCUGCCAGUGAUCAUAGGUUAUGUAAAAAUAAAAAGAUUUGUUGCAUGCUCCAAAAACAUUUACAACCACUAGGUUUCAUUUGUGAAGUUAAAUGAUUAUAUAAGAAUAAAAUGAGUGGUUGUAAAUGUCUUUGGAGUAUGUAAUUUAUGUAUUUUAAGAACAUGCAAGUAUUUUUACAGCUCGGUGAUUGUGGCAUGAUUCAAUCAGUUGCAACUCACAAAGCUGGUGCUGAUCCUGCUGGAUACAAUUGAAUCAUAAAUGUUUAUGAUAUAUAGUUAUUAUCUCUUUUCCUUUUAAUGUAUUCACAUCUUAACUGUGCAUAUAAGAAAAAAGACAGUUAAAUGCUCA